AUGCACGACAACACAUCCUCGCCGGUUCAAGCGCUUCCGCCUGCCAGCCUCGACCAAUUGCAGGAUGACGAGCUGGCCGCCACCCAGCAGUCCAUCUUAGAGGAGCUGCAUACAAUUAGCGAGCAAGCAAUCAUGCACAACCCACAUCCAGACAGCCUCAGCACCCAAGCGAUUGCACAGCAAGCGGCCCAUGCCAUACCGACAAAUGGCCAGCUGGUCGCAGUCGAACCAAGUACAUCAGAGGUGCACAAGGUGCAAGAGACAGUAACAUCAGCUUCUAUCCCUCUGCUACCCGAGUCGGAGCAGCUCCAGGAAGCAUUUGUGGACAACGCGCAGCAGCUGCUCAUCCAAGCCAUUGCGACAGAAACUGCACUUGCAGUCACCCAGCUUCCUACCACCAUGGACGGUCAGCUUGAUUCCCAUCUUGAUCCCCAUCUUGACCACACCAACCUCUUCGACGGCAUCGAUGCCGGCGCUUUCAGUGAUAUCGAACUCAGCCCCCCGGUCCGGCGGCAAGCAUUUUUGCCCUCGAUAGAUGCCCCUGUCAGCACCAUUCACGCUCAAUCUCCAGCCUCGCCAACUCGCAACGGAAAUCUUCAAGCAUCACAGCCCCUCAACCCACUUGAGCUGACUCCAGCCGGAAAGGAUGCACCGCCUGAAGAGCUGCCAGAAGCCAGUCAGAUGGCCUCCUUCCUCGACCCACAGUUUGCCGGCUUCAAAACGGGCCAUGGAAAGCAUGCCAAACCGAGUGAAAAGUCUUUGCAAGCGGCACGAAAGCUGUUUCUUGAUCUGCAAGAGUUGCACGAUCCGCUGCUGCCGCCAGCAGCUUCCCAGGCAUUGUCGCCACAGCUGCGACCGCGAACAUUCGACUCGCCUUCUAAGCAAAGUCUCACAGCACCGAAGCGUCGCUUUACAAGGCCAACGAUCGACAGAACGCCGUUGCAGGAGGCAGUCCCCAAACAGAUCAGUCUCAUGCCAAACGCAAGCCAAUCUCCUCCACCGAAAGGCAAACUUGCAUCAUCCCAGGUCAUCUCAGCAGCACAAGCAAUGUCAACCAGCCAAGUAGAGCGUCAGCCUUUCGCCACGCCCAAGCCCAUACGCAACGGCCUCUUUUCCAGCGCUACCAGCCUAGCAAGUCCUGUGCGGACUGCAGCUGCUGCUGCCGCUUCUCCGUCACGCUUCACCACACCACAGCCGAGCAAGCGUAUCAACCUCAUGCCCAGGGUCGACAUCGGUGGUAGCACAGGCAGGAAGCGAACGCUGCCCAAGUUCGUUACGCCUUUCAAAAACGGCAAGCGUCCAAAAACGGAUGAGCAGCAGGAGCUCGCUUCACCCCUACGCAGGCCCAACAACGGUCUCACGCAUGACCUGCAUCCUCCAUCACCUAUUGCCAACCGUUACUAUCCGCCUCCUCAGAGACUGGCAAAGGCAGGUCCCUCCUCAGAAGGACCCACAGUAUUCCACCUGCAUUCCAGCACACCUCGUCAGAAGCUUGCCGAUCUAGGGCGACCAGAACAAGUCUCUGCACUGCAAAUGAUAGCAAAAGGUGUACCGGACGAAGUCUUGGUCAUUCUCAACGACGCCUCCCGCGCAUCGCAGUACGCCUUUGAAGCAGCCAACGGUGAGCUCCUCAUGCAACAGAAUGCUUAUGACCAGCUUCGCGCCCGGGCUUGCAACAUUGCUACGCUUCCUUGGGUGAGCAACCACUGGACUUUGAUCUUAUGGAAGCUUGCCGCCAUCGUCCGACUGGAUCCUGGCUCAGCAUCAGAACGUUGGAGUUGGGAUGAGCUGAUCCGUCAACUUCUCUAUCGGUAUGAGCGCGAGGUUAACCGCGCGCGAAGAUCAUGUCUGAAGAGGAUACAGGAGCACGACUCCUCCCCCGCACGACCGAUGGUGCUCUUCGUCUCCAAGAUCAUGGAGGAAGAGAAGGAAAUCCAAGAUCGAUCUGGCCAAGUGGUUGUCCGGAAAAACACUCUUCUCGAGCUAUCCGAUGGAUGGUACCGUAUUCAAGCGCAACUCGAUCCUGUUCUGGCCUCUGCUUGUCGACGCGGUCGGGUGCGCAUUGGACAGAAACUCGCGAUUAUGGGCGCAACCCUUGACGCGCACGGUGAAGGCAACGAAGUACUGACAGCAUAUCACAUGUCCAGUCUCGUGCUCUCCUCCAACUCUGUCUCUCUAGCUCGUUGGGACGCCAAGUUAGGCUUCACAUCAACAAGAUUCUUUGCGAGCUUGCGAAGUUUGACGCCAGAAGGCGGACUGGUGUCGUUGAUGGAUGUCGUCAUCACCAAAGUCUUUCCGCUUGCUUAUGUUGAUACGGAGAGGAACGGAAGCCCGUCUGCUCCAAGGGGCGAACAAGAAGAGGCCGAAGAGCAACAAGUUUGGCUGAAGCGAAGAGAAGAUGCAAUGCAGCAACUCGAGAUGAAUCUUGAAAGCGAGAACAGCAAGUUGUUCGAUCUUGUCGAAGCGUUGUCGGAUCUGGCUAGUGAUAGCUUCUUGCCUUCCAUUCCCGAUGAUCCGAUGGGUAGGCUGGAAGCAAGUGCGCAGCAGUUGUUCGAUCAGCUACGUGCGAAGCAAGAUCCUGCAUCAGCGGUGAAAGAGCUAGUCAUUGCAAAAGGGCAUUCAAACCUAGCACCGUGGCUGCAUGGGAUAGCCAAGAGUGCUUUGUUGGCAGAAGACAUGGGUGGGCUAGGAGCAAGGUUAGCGGCAGAUUUGGACCGUGCAUGUCCACCAAGGAAGGUGCGCGAAUUUAGGGUGGUGCGGUUUAGAGACGCUCGCUUACCCCCACCUUGUCCACCCACAGCAGCAGCGGCGUCAGCAACGGCAUCAGCAGGUGCAGGAGGGGCAAAGAAGAGGAAUCCGCACGCACGAACCGUCCAGCUCACAGUGUGGGACGCAGCUCAGCUAGGCGAAGAAUUGCAAGAAGGGCGUCGAUUUUGCGUCACCAAUCUGACGCCGUCUUCUAAGUCGGCAUGGCGUAAACCAGAUGAAGUGGCGGAUGUGUUUCUCUCUACGAGGCGCGAUACUAAGUGGCGUCCUGUCUCGUAG